AUGACAAAACCUUCUGUUGAAAAUGAAGAGCCUGGAAUAAUUUAUAAAGUAGCAGGAUCUUUAGUUAUUGCUGAACGUAUGAGUGGAACAAGAAUGUAUGAAUUAGCUAAAGUUGGUUGGAAUAAAUUAGUUGGAGAAAUUAUUAGAUUAGAAGGGAAUUAUGCCUAUAUACAAGUUUAUGAAGACACUUCUGGUUUAUCUGUUGGAGAUCCUGUUACAAAAACAGGUAAUGCUUUAUCGGUAGAAUUAGGUCCUGGAAUUCUAGAUAAUAUUUAUGAUGGAAUUCAGAGGCCUUUAGAAAGAAUUGCUAAUAUAUGUGGCGAUGUUUAUAUAUAUAAAGGAAUUGAUUUGACAUCUUUAGAUCAUGAUAAGGAGUGGCAAUUUUAUUGCAAUAAAAAGCUAAAACUAAAUGAUAUAGUAACAGGUGGUGAUAUAUUUGGGUAUGUUGAUGAAAAUAAAUUAUUUAAAGAACAUAAAAUUAUGGCUCCUCCUAAUGCCAAAGGACGUGUUACUUAUAUUGCCCCUGAUGGAACUUAUACUUUAAAAGACAAAAUAUUUGAAUUAGAAUAUCAAGGAAAAAAAUAUACUUAUGGCCUAUCUCAUUUGUGGCCUGUUAGAGAUCCAAGACCUGUUUUAGAAAAAAUAACAGGUGAUACUUUAUUAUUAACAGGUCAGAGAGUUUUAGAUUCUUUAUUUCCAACAGUACAAGGUGGUACAUGUGCUAUUCCAGGUGCUUUUGGAUGUGGAAAAACGUGUGUAUCUCAAGCUUUAUCAAAAUAUUCAAAUAGUGAAGUUAUUAUAUAUGUAGGAUGUGGAGAAAGAGGAAAUGAAAUGGCAGAAAUUUUGUCAGAAUUUCCAGAAUUAACAACAAAAGUAGAUAAUGAAGAAGUUGGAAUUAUGCAAAGAACUUGUUUGGUAGCUAAUACAUCAAAUAUGCCAGUUGCUGCAAGAGAAGCUAGCAUUUAUACUGGAAUUACUUUAUGUGAAUAUUUCCGUGAUAUGGGUUAUAAUGCCACUAUGAUGGCCGAUAGUACUAGUAGAUGGGCAGAAGCCUUAAGAGAAAUUUCGGGAAGACUAGCUGAAAUGCCUGCUGAUAGCGGAUAUCCUGCAUAUUUGGGUGCAAGAUUAGCUUCUUUUUAUGAACGCGCAGGAAAGGUGAAAUGUAUUGGUUCUCCAUCUCGUAUCGGUUCUAUUACCAUUGUUGGUGCAGUUUCUCCACCAGGAGGAGAUUUUUCAGAUCCAGUAACCACAGCUACUAUGUCUAUUGUACAAGCUUUUUGGGGAUUGGAUAAAAAACUUGCACAGAGAAAACAUUUUCCAUCUGUUAAUUGGUCCACUUCUUUUUCAAAAUAUAUUAGACAAUUAGAACAAUACUUUGAUAAUUUUGAUCAAGAUUUUUUGUCCUUAAGACAAAAAAUAAGUGAUAUAUUGCAACAAGAAAGUGAUUUGAAUGAUAUUGUUCAAUUAGUUGGAAAAGAUUCUUUAUCAGAAGAUCAAAAAGUAGUAAUGGAAGUUGCAAAAAUUAUAAGAGAAGAUUUUCUUCAGCAAAAUGCAUUCAGUGAUUAUGAUUACAUGUGUCCUUUGCAAAAAACUGUAGGUAUGAUGAGAAUUAUUUGUCAUUUUUAUGCACAAUGUUUGAGAACUUUACAAGAAUAUGACUCAAGAGACAGAAAAAUUGGAUGGGGAUCUAUAUAUAAUACUUUAAGACCUACUAUAAAUAAAAUUACUCACAUGAAAUUUGAAUCUCCAAAAAAUUCAGAUGAAUACUUUAAAAAGUAUUUUAAGGCAUUAGAAGAAGAAAUAACUGUUGGAUUACGAAACUUAGUCGAAAAAUAA